AUGGGCUUAUCGACGGCUGCCAUGAGCUCGCCACAUGUAGCUAUGCACGUACAUCCUUUUGUUUGGGUUGCCAUGGACUUUGCCGGUGGUUUACCAAAUCGUGAUCUUGCGUUACUACUCGCUCCUGAGUUUGGAGACGAGCCCAGCAGCGUCGAAGCGGUCGGGAAGUACCUGCCCCCUCAUAUGAGGUCUUGGGAAGAAGGUGACGACAUCAGAGGCGUCAUAAUGUACCUGCCAAAAAAGGGGGACAUCGAAGACGAUCAAAUUCACCACGUCGAGCAGAUAGACGAUAAAAUAUGCGGUCAUCCGGUUGUGCUAUUCAAGAGUCGGAUAGGGAAUACGGAAACUGUUGAUUUCUUUCCGAUUGAUAACCAACAUGGCCCCAUUCAGGUGACUAGCUUCGGUCGCGAGGGCCCUUAUCAACCGGGAACCAGGGUUCCUAGGUUCCCGGAUUGCAUGCCUAUCCCGCUUCUUCCAGAGCUUGAAUGUCAAGACCCAGAUCUCUCUUUGGAUUUAGCGGGUGGCAGGGCGAGCCUCGACACAGCGUCAGCCGUGAACACGGAGAAGGUGUAUACUCUCCCCUUCAUAAUCCUCAAGUUAUGGCAUCAUACACACAGCCUCGCGACCGGUCCAAGGCUCAAGAGAGAUUCAUUUGAGAAGAUGGAGAGAUUUUCCGAGAAGCGGGAUGAGAGGCGCAAAGUUAUUGCGGGAGAUUGGCAUAACGAGCGAACUGCGCCACAACCUGAGACUGGUACCUCUCUGAACAGCAACACGAAGCAAUCCGUGUUUGGGCGGGGUGAGAAGAACAAGGAGUCGAUUAAUUGGCGGGAAAGGAAACCGGUUCCUGAGGGAGGUCGGAACAACGAGAGAUGGGACAAGGUUCGGCGAAGAGAAUCAGCUCCUGAGCCGGGUAACACCUAUAAGCUGAAGGAACCAUGGCGAAAAGACCCGAUUGCGUCGCGCCCCAGGAAGUAUUCCCUUGAAGAAGCCAGUCACUCGAGUUCUCUAACUCCUGAGAGCAAUCCUACCACUGCGACCACUCAUCCGACGCCGAUUAUUCCUGUGGGCUUGCCUAGCUCUUCCACAACAUCAUCCUGGACAAUCCCUUCUUCUUCCCCUUCACCACCUACAACAGCUAGGAACAUGCCUUCAAUCCUGGUCUAUCCAAGUCAAUCAAACGCCCAACCGACAAAAGAGCUAGGCGUGCAAGACGACCAAAAUAAACCCACACCCGGCCCGUCUAACAAUAAGCGACAGAAGAGGAGUUCGAGCGUGACCUCCAGCACAAACUACGAUGACCUUCUGGAUUCUGUUUCAGACGUGGAGGAAGGAUCAGAGUUUCCGGGCACGAUGUCACCUUCAUCGCCGCGACAUUCUAAUUACGUCGGGUGA